UGAAUUCCAGAGGUUUCAAUUUGUACUUUAAUCAGACUCGAAAUUCAAUUUUGCAGCCACUGACCAUUCUGCAAACCUCUCUAGUAACUAUAUACUGACUGCAGCACUAACUAAGUGGUCCAUGCAUCUUGACAGAUUGAAAAGCCCAUAAAACAGACACACUUUGGGUAUGGAAAUUGAAAGGAAGGAAGAACACAGCUACGGAAAACCUAAAAUGGAUUGGAAUACUGUGAGCACAACACCAUUUGUUCCUCAUCUAGACUCUUCUUUAAGCUUUUUAUACAACUAUAACACCAACCCUUAUUCAGGUAUGGAAGUGAGUGAAAUGGCAUUGAGUGAGACACAACAAAGGUUGCUUCAUGUGACGGAAGAUGAAAUGAACAUGAUUUAUAAUGGAAAUGGUUACGGAGAGAAAAAGAAGAAGAAAUUGACAAGUAACCAGAUUGAUUUUCUGGAGAGGUGUUUUCAAGAAGAUAUGAAGUUAGACUCUAAAAGGAAAAUGAAACUUUCAAGAGAGUUAGGGCUUCAACCUCGCCAAAUUACUGUUUGGUUUCAAAAUAGGCGUACUAGGUUGAAGACUAAGCAACUUGAACGCUCGUAUGAUGAGCUUAAGCAAGAAAAUCAGAAACUUCAGAAAGAGGUUAUGGAUUUGAAGGAAAAACUAAAAGAGAAAGCUCAUUUUAGGACACAGACAUAUGGUGAAGAAACAAUAGAAAACCUAGAAGGGCUGCCAUGCAGAAAUAUAGAAGGAGAGCCAUAUCCAUGUUUCAAUAUGACACAAGCAACAACAAGUAGCAUUCAACAAGCUGCAGAGGGAUAUGACCACAGUUCCUUUAAUGUUGCAGAUUUUGACUCAGUUUCAUUGUUUCAUGAGUGUCACUGGCCUAAUUUACCUUAUUAUCCCUAAUUUACAAUAGAAGUUAAAGUUUUAAUGGAUUCUAAGUACUUUUUAUUUCUAACUCACUUAGUUUUAGUUUUUGUGUACUAGUAGUUAGAUAUUGAUCGUCUGAAGACUGGUAUUAGGAUCCAU